CCAGCUGAUGUUGUUGGAGAAUCUGCACAUUACUUCCCCAACCAGCCAGAGCUUUGUCAUAACCCCUGGUCUUCUAUUGAACAGCAGAGACACCAAAGACCCCCCACCCAACUAUCAAGAAAGGAUAUAUCGAGGUCCCAAACCCUCCAUUCCCAAGUUUACCAGGGAUGAUCCUAGAGAAUUUUCAAGGCUCCGGAUUGCACUGGAGAACAUCCUGCCAGCUGAUGCAACGGAGAGAUUCAAGUAUCAGAUCCUGUGUGACCACUUGAAGUUUGAGGAAGCUCUCCUGAUAGCAGACUCUUAUGUCAACUCCCCAUCCCCCUACACCGACACAAUGGCUUCACUGACUAGACAGUAUGGCCAACCUCACCAGUUGUCGUUAAGGCGAAUAUCAGAGUUGAUGGAUGAGCCCACCAUACGACCAGGUGACAUAGCAGGGUUCCGUAGGUUUGCAUUACGAGUUAGAGCACUCGUGGGGAUGCUGAAGCAGCUUGGGGAAGAUGGAGUGAUUGAGCUGCAGUGUGGAUCUCACGUUGCAAGGUUAAUGAGGAAGCUGCCACAAGAUCUCCGUGCUACCUUCCGUCGAUACCUCUGUUGGAGACAAGAUGGAGUCCCCUCCCUAUUAGACUUUUCUCGCUGGUUGGAACUUCUUGUUCAAGAAGGAGGGGACAGCAUGGAUAGGAUAGAGGAGGGGAGACGUAAGGACUACAGACCCAAGAAAGAUUAUAGCAGGGAGGGAAAGCCCAGCAGGGUUGCCACAGUUCUCCAUGGCACCACAGAGGCCCACCCUGCCGAUACCUCCUGCGGACAGACCUCAGAGGUGAAACCCAGAGUAUACUGCCCAUACUGCUGCAACAACCAACAUUUCCUGGAUCAGUGUGCCAAUUUCAAGCAGCUCUCCAGAGACCAGAGGAUAACCUGGGUGAAAAGCAACAAUCGAUGCUGGCGAUGUGGACGCCAGCAUCUGGCUGCUCAGUGCAAACUGAAAUUGCAGUGCAAGAUCUGCAGAGGCAAACAUCUCGAGUCUUUGCAUGUUGUUAAUGACAGGACUGCUGCCGAGCAGAAGGAUGCCAACCCCACUUCUUCAAAGGGUCCAGAUCAGCCCACUGAUAUCUUGUAUCUGGAUCGACGUGCUGGCUGCAACCAGGUCCUUCUCAAGAUCAGUAAGGUGCUCCUGCGGAGUGGUGAUCACUCUUUGGAGACAUACGCCAUUCUGGAUGAUGGUUCAGAGAGGACGAUUCUACUGCCAGAAGCUACACGGCACCUGAAGCUCGACGGUCAGCCAGAGAGUCUGACAGUGAGGACAAUACGUCACGACGAGAGAACGUUGCAGGGCUCAUCAGUGACAUUUACUAUUUCUCCAGUUAAUCACCCAGCCAAGACAUUCACAGUUGAUAAGGCAUUCACUGCAGCACAGCUAGGUUUGGCCGAUCAUACCUACCCAGUAGAUGGUUUGAAGAGGAAGUUCAAGCAUCUUAAGUCACUUCCACUUGAGCCUUUUUACAAUGCUAAGCCACUCCUGCUGAUUGGGUCAGAUCACCCCCAUCUCAUAACACCCAUUAAGCCAGUACGCCUUGGACCACCGGGUGGCCCUGCAGCAGUGAAAACAAGAUUGGGCUGGACUCUUCAGGGGCCUGUAAGUCGCAUACAGUGCAAUAAUUCCCAGCAGUGCCUCUUUCUGUCCACAUGUUCUCCUAUGUCUGAGCUGUACAGCCAAGUGGAGAAACUCUGGCAGUUAGACACACUCCCAUUCCAAAAUGAGAAGCUGGUGACACGGUCACGUAGAGACCAGGAAGCUAUAGAGUUGCUGGAAGCUAAGACUCAACGUGUUGAGGUAGAUGGUGUUCGUCGUUAUGCCACACCUCUGUUGAGGGUUGCAAGUAUGCCCAUUCUGAGAGCCCCUCCCCAAGCAGUACUGCCCCACCUGCGAGCGAUAGAAAAGCGACUCAUGAGAGAUCAAGUUAAAGCUCAGGCCUAUAGCACUGAGAUCAGGAAGUUGGAAGAAUCAGGCUACAUACGGAAGAUCAGUCCUGAGUUAGAAGCGACAAGUACACAGUCUUGGUUUAUUCCCCAUCAUCUAGUGACACACAAUGGUAAGAACCGUGUUGUGUUCAACUGCUCCUUUGAUUAUGAGAAUCAGAACAUCAAUAAGCUUCUGCUGCCAGGCCCGAACCUGGGGCCCUCAAUUCUUGGUGUCCUGUUGCGCUUCCGAGAACACUCCACUGCCAUCAGCAGUGACAUAAAAGGAAUGUUUCAUCAGGUGAGAUUGCUUCCAGAAGAUCGUCCCUUUACGCGCUUCCUUUGGCGAGAUCUAAAAAGAGACUCCCAGCCUGAUGUAUAUGAGUGGCAAGUCUUGCCCUUCGGGACAACGUGCUCACCAUGUUGUGCCAUCUACGCACUCCUGCGGCACGUCCGAGACCACAGCUAUGAGGGGGAAGAUGUCAGAUGUUCAGUGGAAGCUCACUUUUAUGUCGACAACUGGCUCCAGAGUUUCCCAUCGGCGGCUCAGGCUAAACGUAUGGUGGACAAGACCAGAGCACUGCUGACACAGGGAGGGCUUGAAUUGCGACAGUGGGCAAGUAACCAACUAGAAGUCAUCAAUCACUUGCCAAGGGCUCUUCGAUCAGAAAGUAGUGAACAGUGGCUAAACCACGGUGAAGUGGAACAGCAAGAGCAUGCGCUUGGCUUGAGCUGGAUGUGCCAGACGGACACAAUAAGAUACAGAUCAAGACCACUUAGGUCAUCUCCCACCACAAUGAGGAGUAUAUACCGAGUCCUGGCCAGCCAGUACGACCCCCUUGGAUUCCUUAUACCAUAUACGACGAGAGCAAAGAUCAUUGUCCAGCAAUUGUGGGAUAAAGAAAGGGGGUGGGAUGAUCCCCUUCUGCCUAAGAAUUUACUGAAUGCCUGGCAGGCCUGGGAAGGUGAGCUGUGUCACAUUGACAGUAUCUGCUUACCCCGUUGCUAUGUUAGUCCAGAGAUGGAUCACGCUGAUACUUGGAGAAUGGUACACAUUUUCUGCGACGCGUCAGAACGGGCAUACGGUAGUGUAGCUUACCUCCGUACAGAAGACACCCAAGGUCGAGUUGAGGUGGCAUUCCUGACAGCUCGCUCUAGAGUGGCCCCGAAACGCCAACUAUCCAUGCCACGGCUAGAGUUGUGUGCCGCUCUUACAGGUGCACAGUUAGCUAAACUGCUGCAACGUGAGCUGACCGAAGCAGUUCAUAGAGUCACAAUGUGGACAGAUUCCACGACGGUCCUAUCAUGGAUCAGGUCAGAUUCCUGUCACUUUAAAGUGUUUGUGGGGACCCGCAUUGCAGAGAUACAGGAAUUGACGGACUUACAGGCCUGGCGAUACGUGCCAUCAGCGGAGAAUCCCGCUGAUGAUCUCACCAGAGGGAAGACGUUGCAGGAGAUUGCUGGGAAGAGCCGGUGGGCAUGCAGUCCAUCGUUCCUAGCCUUACCGCCUGAGCAAUGGCCAGUUGAGGUGCCAUUUCCCACUACUGACCACAGUGAUGAAUUACGGAAGGCUGUGAUUUGUCUGCUGACCAUGCCUACAGCUAGUAUUAACCUACCUGACACGCAUCAGUACUGCACCUUUAGUGAUCUUGUUGCUGAGACCGCACGGCGUUUGCAUGGGGCGGCACCAGAGGCAGAGGGCAAUCCGAUGGCAGAGCAUUACAGACAGGCGGAACUUAAUGUCUUGAGAGCGGUGCAGUUGGAGAGUUUUCCCGAUGAGGUCUGGUGCCUAAAGGAGGGAAGGUCGCUCCCCAUGAGCAGUCGCUUGUUGACCUUGGCACCAGAAUUGGACCAUUCUCUGCAGCUGAUACGUGUGGGUGGUCGUUUGCGCCGGUGUGAUAAGCUGGAAGCAGACACUGUCCAUCCAGUGUUAUUAGAUCCAAAGCACCCAAUUACUAAGCUCCUUAUUCAACAGACAGACAGAGAACUGAAACAUCCAGGAGCCGAGCGUCUGUUUGCCGAGCUGAGGAGGAAGUAUUGGAUCCUAAGAGGCCGAGAGGCAGUAAGGAAGGAACAGCGAUGCUGUUUCGAGUGUCAGAAAUGGAGGGCACAACCCAUUGUACCUACAGUAAGAUGUCAGACCUGCCUCCUGCUCGUGUCAGACUGUACCAGCCAGCAUUUUAUUCCACAGGAAUUGACUGCUUUGGUCCACUGCAGGUAAAAAGGGGGCGUUGCACAGAGAAAUGCUGGGGACUGCUUUUUAAAUGCUUAACCACCAGAGCAGUCCAUAUUGAAGUGCUCCUUAGCCUGAGCACUGAUUCAUUCCUCAUAUCCCUGCGAAGAUUCAUCUCACGCCGUGGGAAACCCAUGGAGCUGUUGUCUGACCAGGGGACUAACUUUAAGGGGGGAAACAGGGAGCUCCUGGAAGCCUUUCAAGCCCUACUGUACAUCCAUCCCUGCAGUCACGGUUGGCAGCACAACAGAUCCGAUUCUCAUUCAAUUCACCCUGCGCCCCGCACUUUGGAGGAGCCUGGGAGAGGGAGGUAAAGUCAAUUAAGUCAGCGCUUAAUGCCAGCUUGGGUCCAGAGAUCGUCACCUCGGAAGUUCUGGAGACCACCCUGAUAGAGAUUGAAGGGAUCUUGAAUUCUAAGCCAGUAGGCUAUGUGUCAUCCAAAGAGCCGAUGUCCUUGCAGAUUCUCCAGACUUCCUGCCCUCGUCGCCAUUCUCCGGUUGCUCCCUUCGGCUCUGCCUCCUGGACCAGGCCACGCCCCUCCCAUCUUCGGCGCUGCUUCCUGUUUCUGCAAAGAAAAGGCCACAGCCUUGCUAACUUCGAAAGCAUUUGCUCACUGUUUGGAUUAUUGUUGGUUUGCUUGCUUGUAUAUGAUAGUUUAGGUUUUCGGUUUCUGAUUUUUGGUUAGCCCUUUUCUGGUACUUCUGCCCUGGUUUAUUGUUUUUCUGGUUUGAACCUCCGUCUGUUUUUCGACAACCCUUUUGUUUUUUCCCUUUGGUAUCGUUGCUCGGUUUUGUGUACUUGCUGUGUGUUUGUACCUAGGUGUGUACGGAGUGACUGCCAUUUUUUUUCUGCGUGACGCAUGGUUUAAUUUUUGGUUUGAUUAGGGAGCUAGGAGUUAGUCUUGUUGUUUUGUUUGUGUUUCGUUUAUCUCAUGUAGGACUAGCUUAGCUUGGGUUUCAUUCGGCAGUGGUGUUUCAUUCGUUAUUUUGGCCUGUGUCACUCCCGAAGUCUGUUACACCUAUUGUUUGUGAAGUGUUUGUGAAAAAUAAAAUAACAAAAAAAAAAGAUCCCCUUCAUUUCCUGUGUUCCCUUUCCCU